GCGGGGCUGAUGGACGGGGCUGAGUUGGAGAUUCUGCAGUUUAUCAAUGAUUCAUCCAUAACCUUCAGUGUGAGCCUGCAAAAGAAACGACUGCAUCUGCAUUGUCUCCGGGUGGUUAGUGCUGUGGUCUGGGAUGUUACUAAGUUUAUUUGUGCAUUGUUUGUACAUUCGGUAUUGAUUUGCAACAACAUUUAAGGAAAAUACUGCCCCACCAUCCACUGCCAAUCGUUUUCAUUCACAAAAUUCGCGGAAUCCGCCUGUGUGCGUUCUCAACGCCAAGCUGUGCUGCAUCUACAAAGCAGAGCAUCCCCUAUUGUACCUGGGUGUUAGCGGGGCUAGUUAUCAUUCUGGGGACGUUUGCAGCACCGGAAAUCUGAUUAACGAUCAAAGAGGAUUGGGUCUAAAUGGAGCGCCGUGUCUCUCUGGGCGGGAAUGCAGGAAAUCCCGCUUCUCUAUUCCAACCCUUUCUGGACGGCCGCUUGCCUUACGGGAGGUUGCAGCACACGCCCAUCCUCCCCAUGGACCAAAUGAAACCCAGUCGCUUGGAAAACGACUACGUGGAGAACCCUGUGACCGUCCAGCCCUGUAGGAACGCCAGCCCCCAGAGCAGGUCAGGCCAGCCGCCGGAAUCAACAGCGCUCAGCCCCCGGGAACCGGGCUGUGAGCACUCCGCCGUGACCUGGGGCUCUGUGACCGGCCGACCCAGCUCCAUUAGCAGCAGCAGCAGCACCUCCUCCGACCAGCGGCUGCUGGACCACGCGGCGCCCCCUCCCGUAGCCGAGCAGCAGGGAUGCCCGAGGGCCGUUCGCUCGCAGCCCAAGUCGCCCCCCAGCAUUAACAAAGGCGUCGACCUCAAAGAGACUUCUCACUGUCAGGAGAGCGGCAAGCACGUGGUGUUAUGCGAGGGAUGCGGCAAGUGCAAAUGUAGCCGAUGCAUAUCCCCCAGGACUCUGCCGUUCUGUUGGGUUUGCAGCCAGAGGUGCCUCUGCUCCCCGCAGAAAGUUGUCAACUAUGCCACCUGCAUGUGUCUGGUAACAGGGAUUUUCUACCAUUGCACCAAUGACGAUGAUGAGAGAUCCUGUGCUGACCACCCUUGCUCCUGUUCCCACUCUAAUUGUGGUGCCCGCUGGUGUUGCAUGGGGGCCAUGUCUGUGUUCCUGCCCUGUCUGCUCUGCUAUCUGCCGGCCACCGGGUGCGUCAAACUUUCCCAAAAGUGUUACGAUACUGUAAGCCGCCCAGGAUGCCGUUGCAAGAACUCAAACAGUGUGUACUGCAAGGUCCCUGAGGUGUCAGCCUGCAGUGGGCAGAAGCCCUCCUCCUGAUGCGGGGGAGGGCCGGUGGGGUCGGGUGGGUGAGGGUGAAGUGUGAUGUGGUUAAUUGGGCUGUAACUCACAUCUGUACUUUUCCAGUUCAGUCUAUGCUGCCAGUUUCUGCUCUGAAAAAAUUAAAUGGUCUAUACAGUAGUGAGUGGGCAAAACCUUCCCACCUUUCGGAAAUGGACAUAACAUAUAAUUAAAACAAACUUUUAAGAAGCAGUUAAAUGUAAGGGUUUUGCAAAGCUCUGUAGAAAUCCAUGCCUUUAUUGUCAAUACUUGCAGGGCAUUCCAUUCAAAAACUGAAGGGCUUUGCUUUCUUGGGAGAGUGAGAUGAUUAGGAAAACGCACUAAUUCUAAGCAGUCAAACCUCAAGAUUCCACCUUGUAGUACAUAUUGGCUUCCAUUAUUCUGAUCAACUUCAGGCCUAUUUCUAAUUCUAAUAUGCUUCAUAUAUUUUGGUUUUUAUUUGACAUGCCACAUAGAACUUAAUGAGGUACAUUUUUACAAGGUUCAAGUUCCAUUGCUGUUGCUGCCUACGCCAAGACUUUUUCUGGCAUAUGGUCAAUAGCAAUUAUUCUUUUAAAUUUCCAAAUCACUUGAUUUGCUGUUUAAGGUGUUAUUUAAAGUCUUGAUCCAUGUUGUGUGAAAGGGCUCUGUGUGAAAAUGGCAAAUAAAAGCAAAGUAAGCCACAUUGUAAUCACAGCAAAAUUCAGUGAACUAACUCGACAGUCAUUGGUACUACUGGACAAAGUCAUAAUGAGAUUUUGAGAUACUUUAGAUUAAAAUCUUGAAGAAAUAGUGAAGUAUUUUCAGCAUUCCCACUCUCUACUCCACAGAUUAUUUAACCUUCAAAUUUAAACAUCAAAUGUGUUAACUCUUUCUGACGUCAUGCAACAGAAUGCAAUUUCCUGAGUGUUAGAAAGGCAUCAUGGUUAAAUGCUUCUGUUAAUGUUAUUUGUUUGCAGCAAAAUUUUGCAUUCCCCUCCUAGUCCCGAUUAAACCUGGUUUUUUGGCCUCUGCUUCACAAGAGUUUCUUAACACAUAAACAAUGCCAGAGCUGAACAGGCUUUUGUUUUGAGCAGUGAGAGAACUUGUAUUUCACCAGUAAGCAUGAGUGGAUGAAAAUGGCUCUUUUUAAGCUAAAGUAAACUGCACAUUUAACUGCCGGUACAACAUUUUAAGAAGCUAAUUGUAUUAUAUAUAAAAAUGAUAAUUUAAAAUUAUUACCAUGGCUCUAUAAAUAGAUAUGUAAAGGAGAGAGAAAAGGCUCAUGCUGCCUUUGUUUUAUUAAAUUAUUUACAACAGCAGUAUGUGUGUGGACAAUUAAGUUUGCAUGAUCAAAGCCAUGUGGAAUCCUAUAGCCUAACUGUACAGCUCUAAAGGAGUGCUGUAAUAGGAGUAAGAAUUAGCAAUAUUUGCAUCAGUUUAAUGAAGCAAGCUUUGUAAGAUAUUGUCAAAAACAAACUAGGAGGCAUGAUCAGAGCAUCUGAUAAUGAAAGAGGUCUAAGAAUGAGAAAGACCAAAGAAAAUAACAUAUUUCUUCCCCAGCCUUUCUCAAUAGAAUUAUCUUUCAGUUUUUGACCUUCUUGUGCAUUAUCCGCAAGAGCAUUAUGCUCCAAAAUUAAAAAAAUUAUUUUGAAUGAAACUUAAAAAUGCUUACCGGUUAAUAAAAUGGGAAUUUUUUUAAAGAAAGAUUUGAAACCUCAGUCAUUUCGACAUUUACUGCAUGAUAAGGGUGCGUGAUGGCAAUUGUUAGAAGAUAAUUAUUUUCACAUAGAGAAACUCUUGACUGGUGGAUGACUAGUUAUUCUGCUUAUAAAACCAGAGAGUAAUUGGGACUAAACUGAGCAAUGACUUGAAACUGAUAACACUACAGGAUCAUGGAACUUUGAUAAUGUAGUGCACAAGGGUUGGAAUGCAGAUGUGUUUUGGAGAAUUGUGAAUAUGUGCUUUGAAUGGCUCUGACAUCAUAUCUUUAUGACGUUUAUUUAUUGAGAAGCUCUAUAAAUGCAUCUUAAAACAUUAAUGAAGUUGGUUAACUUGUGAGCAUCUCAAUCCUUCUUUCACUUCUUCCCUAAAUAUUGUUGGAAACUGAAACAAACCUAAUAUUUGCAAUAUCUAGUGUGAUUACCCACAUGGGAUAGCAUGAUUAAUGGAAACAUGAUGUUGAAGGACGAUCAGAAUAGUGAUCAGCGAAAGGCUGAAAAUAUUUUCAGUGAGGGUGCACUUACUGCUAUUCUCACUCAACUAGGAAAUCUGUAGUUGCAGUGUUAGUCCUGAGUUCUACCAAAUGCUGGAAAGAAAGACAGUGUAGUAUUGCAGUGCUGAACAUGAAUGUUGACAGAACAGAGCAGAUAGUCUGAAUACAGGAUGUGAAAUGACAGUUUCAGUAGUCUGAUGUUCCGUAGACAAGUCACAGACAAGUGUUUGCCUCUUUGUUGUUGAUUCAAUUUAUCCAAAACUGAUGGCUUGUUGUAAUGCCAUUCACAAAGGAUAAAUGUGUAUUGUGUGAUGUUUUCACAGGACUGUAGCUUGGGUGGUGCUGGCAGGGGGAGCAUGGUAGGGGUGGGGGCUACGUUGUUGAUGAGGAGGCAGUGCUGGGGAGAGGUUUGAAGGAUCAUUUUUCCCAUAUCUUGCCCUCCACAUACACAUCUUCCUUCUGCCCAAGUCAUCCUAAUAUGUACGCACAGUGAUACCACAAACCCAAAUUGAACCAGGCUGAGGUGCUGUAUUGUACGAGUGUCUGCAAGUGACGUCUAUUACACAGUUUCAGAAAGUUUUUUAAUUCUAAAGUGCUCACCCUUGUUAUCAAAUCUCUCCAUGGCUUUGCUCCUGUCUUCCUUUGUACUCUCCUCCAGUCAUGCAACCCUCACAGGUAUCAGUUACCUUCCACUUCCAGCUUCUUGAACAUCUCCACUUUAAUUGUUCCAUCAUUGAUGGCUGUGCCUUAAGCUGUUUAAGGACCUAAGUUCUGAAGUUUACUCUGUAAACCUCUUCACCCCCACUUACUCCUUUAAGACACUCCUUAAAAUCUACCUCUUCGAUAAAGCUUUUGGUCAUCUGCCCUAAUGUCUCCUUAAGUGGCUGUGCAUCAAACUUUGUUUGAUAAAGGUGCUGUGAAGUGCUUUGAGCUGUUUUUCUACAUCAAAGGCUCUAUAUAAGUAAAAGUUGUUGUUGUUGUUACUAGAUUUCUGUUUAAUAUAAAAUGCAAACUAAAUGUAGGUACUGGUGUGGAACUGUAUUUUUCUCAUCAGCCUAGUUCAGUAUGGGGUUGUGCCCUUUCCUCAUAUGUGUUGCUGUUUGUAAGUGUGCAUAUAAGGCCGAUAAAACCUGAAACGUAUUGCUCCAUUUUGUUGAAUGCAACAUGCAGUUGUGGCCCCUGUGCAAGUUCCAUAUGUGUGCUGUAAAUACAGGUGUUCUAAAGACAGGUAACUUUGCUUGCAAUCCAUCCCAUUGGUUUAGAAGUUCUUCUGAUCAGCCAUGUAGCAUAGUGGGUGUCUUUGUGGUACAGUGAUACACUAUUCUCUCUUUCCCAAACUCUGAAAAGGAAGGAAUUGACUGAACCAGACCCAAAAACCAGUCAGGAGUCUGAUUUGUUUCCAUAUGCUUGUGUCACUAUAACAUCAUUGAGGGCAGAACUUGGGUCACUUGAUCAUAACCUCUCUAUCAUCAAAGAAACGAAAGGGGUAGCAGGCAUGCACAAGAUGCUUGCUAUGUAAAGCAUGAAGAACCUAUUAUCUACAGCACUAUCUGCAGGCUUCCCUAACAGUCAGUUGUGAUCACUUAAUGAAAGUAUGGGCUUAAUGGACAAAAGCAGGAGCCCUACAGAGGUGAUGUGAAACCACCUGUUCUGAUUGUGUCUUUAGCCAGCAUUCUAGAAAUGCUCAUGUUUGAUGUUGAUUAAAGGCUAAUCAAUCAAUUGUUCAAAGAUUCCACCCCACCCUCUGUCUUGACUUAGACAUCUCCUCUUAGAAGCGGAAAUUCUGCAGGGCUACCAGAACUCAUGCAUCCAUACCCUAGCGUAUAUCAAUGUAAAAGAAAUAUUAAGCUUAUAAAGAUUAUAAAGAAAUCCAUUAAAAAAAAUUGAGCUAAUCCCUUUCAGUGAUAUCACGAUUACCAUGCCACCAAAGUAAUCAAAUUGCACAAGCAAGAGAGUGUGAGGGAAAGGAGGAGCCAGAAUUAUUGUACCUCCCUGCUGAAUACCAGAAAAAUCCAAUCAAGUUGGCACCUAUCAAAAUCUCUAUUUGUGUGGUACUCUUUAAGACACAACUUGAGUAAUUGUGAACUUCAUUGAAAUUCAGUCUAUCAGUACCAGUCAUUACAAUUUCCUGUUCAUGUUUAACUUGGCACCUUUGUUAACAUGAAAAGCUGUGUAGAGUUCUGUUUCUGGUUCUGUUGGAAAAGGGUUCUUGUAAGAAUAUUUAUUUGAAGGUUCUAUUUUAUAGUAUUUAUUUUAGAAUUUCUGUUGUGAGAUUUCCUUGAUUAUGUAAAAUAAAGGGAAAAAAGUGA